AUGGCUUUCAAUUGUCACGCUCAGAGUAAAUUUUCAGAUUUGUGGGAUUUAGAGAUAUUAGGGAUUUCAGAGCCACAUGAACAGAUGUGCAAAGAUAGGAAAAAAGAAGAGGUAAUGAGUCAAUUUGAGCAGAAUAUUAGUUUUAAAGACAAUUGUUACCAAGUAGGGUUUUUGUGGAAAGAUGGUUACCCCGAAAUAGGCAGUAAUUAUAAUGUAGCUUAUAAAAGACUUUUAACGACGACUAGGAAGUUAGAGAGGACUGGUCAUUUGCUAAGUUAUAACGAUGUUUUUCAGAAUUGGUUAGACGAAGAUAUUAUAGAACAUACUGAAAACAAUAUAGCAGAAGGACACUUUAUUCCUCAUCACGCAGUCAUUAAGAUGUCUAGGACUACAACGAAGAUACGUCCAGUAUUCGACGCAUCGUGUAAAGAUGCGCAAGGAUUGUCUUUGAAUAACUGCAUCGAAUCGGCCUUUCUGCAAAUUUUAGUUUCAGAAAAAGAUAGAGAGUAUAUAAAGUUUCUGUGGUGGGAGAAUCCGUUGACCAAAGAGAAGAUAGUCACUUUCAGACAUAAGAGAGUAGUAUUUGGGGUGACUUGUAGUCCGUUUCUCUUGGCGGCUACGAUUAAUUAUCACUUAGGCAAUUUUGAAGGAAUGUACGGUCAGACAGUUGAAAUUUUGAAACACUCCUUUUAUGUUGAUAAUUGUGUAGCUAGUUUUGAUACAAAAGAGGCUUUAUUUACUUUUAUAGACGAAGCUAAGGAAGUUAUGCUAAAGGGAGGUUUUGAUUUACGAUGUUGGGUUACCGCUCCUAUUAGAGUAGAUAACACUGUCCAGACUCAAUCUGUAUUAGGAGUGCUAUGGAAUACUCUUACGGACGAAUUACAGUGUAGUUUCCGUCUUAGUAGCACUAUACCAGAUCGGAUCACGAAGAGAGAUCUUUUUUCAUUAACUCAGCAGAUAUUUGACCCUAUUGGAUUUCUUGCACCUGUUACCCUAGUGCCUAAACUAAUAGUACAAAAGGCUUGGAUAGGUAGUACAGGUUGGGAUCAAGCUAUCAGCAACGAGUUAUCGAAGGAAUUUAAGAGUUGGCUAAAUCAUGUUCAUCUGAUAAAUGAUUGCAAGUUGCCGAGACGCUUAUCAGAGGAGAGGUUGACGAACUGUAACAAAAGUUUACAUUUGUUUUGUGACGCAUCUAUUAAUGCUUGUGCAGGUUGUGUCUUUCUUCGGACCGAAUGCAAAAGUAAAGUAACGAUUAGGCUGGUUAUGGCCAAAAGUAGAGUAGCGCCAAUUAAAAGAUCAAUAACUUUACCUAGAUUGGAGCUAAUGGGAGCGCUUAUUGCAUCGCGGCUUGCAAAUGAGAUAAGUAGAACGUUGUUUACCGACGACACCUGCCCGUUAUAUUGUUGGACAGACUCCGCCGUUGUGUUAGCCUGGAUCCAAAGACAGUGUUCUUGGAAGCCGUUUGUGAGCAAUAGGGUAAGUGAAAUUUGUGCUCACACUAAGAAGGAACAUUGGCGGCACGUACCGGGCCACUGCAAUCCGGCAGACCUAAUGUCACGUGGCUGUAAUAUGAAGACAUUAAUGGACAGUCACUGGUGGGAUGGCCCUGCUUGGCUAUUAUCUGACCAAGAACUGUGGCCUCAGUCUAAUCACAUCGCAGUAGAUGAGAACGCUGUUUCCAUAGAAGCAAAGAAGGAGGUACUUGUAAAUACUAAUGUAGAUACUGAACAUUUUAGCGAGAAGCUUUUAUACUUUUCUAAGUAUUCAAGAAUUGUACGUGUAGUAGCUUGGAUAUUCCGAUGGAGAAGGCGACGAAUGUUUAGUAUAGCUUAUAUAAGCAAUGAUGAAUUCGAAGAAGCUAAAAAUAUACUUAUAAGACUUAUUCAGGGUGAACAUUAUAUAAAUAGAACUAAAUUGAAUAAGAAACUGUGCAUACAUUUAGAUAGUAAUAGUAUUCAUAAUUCAUAA